AUACUAAGUCAGUUCGCGCUCGACGUUUCACUAAUGAUGUACAAUUUUUCUCAAUAAUAGUUUAGUUUGAAAUAGACCUGUAAAAUAAAGUUUGAUUUUCUUCCAUUUGACACGUGUGUUUUGAUAGCGGCUUUAUAUUUAUCGGCGUCGUGAAAAUGGUCGAUAUCAACGUGCCUCUUACCAAUUUGUUGCAAAUGGCCGUGAAACUGGUGGCCCAUCGCAUACAACAAUAUCAGGCAACAACCAAUGAAACAGCUAUCAUACCCACAAAGUACGGACAAGUUAAAGGUGUUAAACGAAAAACCAUUUACAAUCACCAUUUUUAUGCCUUCGAAGGUAUACCUUACGCUAAGCCGCCACUCGCUGAAUUGCGCUUUCGGGCGCCACAACCACCCGAUCCUUGGACGGGAGUGCGUAAUUGCACCAAGUUGGGAAAUGUGCCACUGCAAAAACACUUCGUCCUGGGCAUCACUCAAGGCUCUGAAGACUGUUUAUAUUUGAAUGUAUACGCUAAAGAGCUAAAAUCUGCCAAGCCACUACCGGUAAUGGUAUGGAUCUAUGGUGGUGGCUUUCGUUUUGGUGAAGCUACACGUGAUGUUUAUGCACCCGAUUAUUUCAUGGAAAGAGAAGUCGUGUUAGUGACUUUUAACUAUAGGCUGGGAGCUUUAGGCUUCCUGUCACUAGCGGAUCCUGAUGUACAAGUUCCUGGUAAUGCAGGCCUGAAAGAUCAAUUAUUCGCAUUACGUUGGAUUCAAGAGAACAUCGCCAGCUUCAAUGGUGAUGCCAACAAUGUUACUAUAUUCGGAGAGAGUGCUGGUGCCGCUGCUACACAUCUGCUUAUGCUUACGCCGAAAGCCCAGGGUCUCUUCCAUAAGGCGAUAUUGCAAUCAGGUACAGCACUGUGCCCAUGGACCGAACAGGAACCCAAAAAUCGCGCCUAUUUUUUGGCCGUCGAAUUAGGCUACCGUGGUGAAAAUAUAGAUAAAGACGUACUCUCUUACCUGUCAAAUGUUAGCGGUUCAAAACUAAUACAAUUUUAUAAAGACUUCAGGCAGCCACAUGAGAAGGAUGAACGUGUAUUUUUCUCCUUCACACCAGUAGUGGAACCGUACGAAAGCGAGAACGGUUUGUUGACAAAACCAUUUAAAGAUCUACUCAUAACGACAUGGAGCAAUGAUAUCCCAAUACUGUUGGGUUUCACAGCCGACGAAGGCAUGCUGCACUAUUAUGAGACGGUCAAAAAUCCGCACUUAGUUAAUAAGCUCGGAGAUUGUGUGGCAGUUUUGCCGAAAAUUGUGAAAAAAGAUUGUGAUGUGCAGAACUGCACAGAAUUGGGUCUACGUCUAAAGGAAGCACACUUUGGUAAUGCGGAACCGCAUUGUAGUAAACAUCUGUAUCAAUACUUGGAGCUCUUGACUUACAGACACUUUCUCGUCGACAUACAACGUACUCUCUUAGCACGUGCCGCCUACGCGUCGAAUGUGCCUACUUAUCUUUAUCGUUUUGCUUUCGAUUCACCGCAUUACAAUCACGCUCGCACUCUGCACUGCGGACGCUCCGCUCGCGGAGUAUGUCAUGCCGAUGAUCUCUCUUAUAUGUUCUAUAAUGCGAGCGCCGAAAAAUUACCACCCACAUGUGGUGAAUUUAAAACAAUUCAACGCAUGGUUGGUAUGUGGACGGCAUUUGCGGCAACAGGCAAUCCAAAUUGUACCGAAAUCGAACCGAUUCAAUGGCAACCAGUCGAAGCGCAAGAUGUGGAAAAUGCGCAGCCGAAAUGCCUUAACAUAGACGAAGAGCUAGAAAUCAAAUAUUUACCGCACAAACAUCUGAAAACCUGGAUUAGCCUUUUUACGAACGAGAAUAUAUUUUAUGCAGCUAUGACGGGCAACUCAGCAAAUGCAGAAGUGCUGGCGGAAACAACGCUUGGCACCGUCAAAGGUAAACGCAAUACGUCCAUUUACGAUGACAACUACUACAGCUUUGAGCGCAUACCCUUUGCGCAGCCCCCACUGGGUGCAUUACGCUUUAAGGCGCCUGUAGCCGCGACACCAUGGCAAGGUGUGUUGGAUUGUACGCAAAAGGCCGAAAAACCGUUGCAGAAAAAUGCUCGCACAAAUGAAAUCGAAGGCGACGAGGACUGUUUGUAUCUGAAUAUAUAUGCGAAGAAGCUAAAAUCAGAAAAUCCGCUUCCUGUCAUGGUCUUUCUUUACGGUGGUGGCUUUGAAAAAGGCGAUCCGACACGUGAUCUGCAUGGCCCCGAUUAUUUGAUGAUGAAGGAUGUCAUUCUAGUCACAAUUGCCUACCGGCUGGGUCCAUUAGGUUUUCUUAGCUUGCACGAUCCCACAGUUGGCACUCCGGGCAAUGCGGGUCUGAAAGACCAACUUCUUGGCUUACAGUGGGUUAAAGAAAACAUCAAAAAUUUCAAUGGUGAUCCGAAUAACAUAACUCUUUUCGGUGAGAGCGCCGGCUCUGCGUCCACACACUUUAUGAUGCUGUCACCGCUAGCGAAAGGACUCUUUCACAAAGCUAUACUAAUGUCUGGCACUGUACUCUGCCCAUGGGCGCUGUCGCCACUGAAGGCUUUACCAAAACGUUUAGCACAAGCUAAUGGCUACACUGGCGAUGACAAUGAUCACGAUGUACUCGAGUACCUGCAACAGUUACCCGCUGCCGAUCUGUUACGUCACAACUUGCUUACCAAAGAGGAGAACUUGGAUGAUUGCUUAUUCGCAUUUGGCCCAGUAAUUGAACCGUAUUUAACAGAGACAUGUAUUAUACCGAAGCAACCGAUUGCUCUGUUUGCCGAUGCUUGGGGCAACGAUAUACCCGUUAUAAUUAGUGGUACAUCUUUUGAGGGUCUUCUCAUGUUUGCGCGCGUACAUAUGGCACCGUUUCUUUUGCACGAGUUAAACGAAAACCAACAACAUAUGUUGCCAUUGGAGUUGAAACAAAAGCAUGACAUACAAACGCAAAGAGAAUUGGCCGCGAAAUUGCGUGAAACACAUUUUGCCGAGAGGGAAUUGCAGAUGGAACAUGUACUCAACUACUGCGAGUAUGCUUCGUAUAAAGUAUUCUGGCAUCCCAUAUUGCGCACCGUCAAGGCGCGGUUGCGACAUGCACGCGCUCCCACCUACCUUUACCGCUUCGAUUUCGACUCUCCCGACUUUAAUCACCAGCGUAUCGGAUAUUGUGGUAAAGAAGUACGCGGCGUUUCACAUGUGGAUGAUCACUCGUACUUGUUCUUUGGCGAUUUCGCUUGGAAGCUGGACAAAGACACGCCUGAAUUUCGUACAAUCCAACGGAAAAUAGAUAUUUGGACUUCGUUUGCCGCAAACUCUGAUCCGAACUGUGAUAACCUCGACGGUAACGAAUGGAUGCCGCUGCAAGCUGAUGGCAAGUUGCAUUGCUUAAAUGUAAGUGAGGAUUUGAAAGUGAUCGAGUUGCCGGAAAUACAUAAACUGCAAGUGUGGGAUAGUCUGUAUGAGGUAGCAGAAGAGUAAAGACGGUGUCGAUAAAGUAUUUUUUAAAUUGUACAUCAAGAGUAUUUAAAUUCUAGAAUUUGUAAAUAUAAAACACGUAGCUAUGUAAA